AUGACACAACAGUACGCUGCGCAACAGCCCGAGGGGUUUGUCAACCACAUAAACACCAUUGCUAUCAUCGGCGUACGUUCUUCCCAACUCGCAUAUCCAAGGGAUGUGUUUGAUGCUGGCGAUCUCAAGGCGAGCGGGCAAAUUGACAAAAUCUUCACCAAACACAUCGUCAAAAGUGGAAAGCAUGUGGUCACAGCUAUUAACCGAACUGGCAGCUUCCGGAAAUUUCCAGACGGUGUUAAAACAGUCACUGUUGAUUAUGAUGAUGAAAGCUCCCUCGUCUCAGCUCUGCAGGGACAGGAUUUCCUCGUUAUUACUAUGUCCCUUGCUGCAGCCCCGGAUACACAGAGCACACUGAUUAAAGCGGCCGCGAAAGCGGUGUUGUGGAUCGUUUUUCCAUACGUGUGCAGGCGGGUGGUCAAGCCGAACGGUCCCGGGUCCCAUGGAGGAAGCAGUCCUGUAUAUGGCAUCUAG